CCGAGGUCUCCUCGUAGAGAUUGACUGGGCGGAGCGGUCGACGGACGGAGAGGCUGGGUCGGCCUCGGCGGCUUUAGCUGGGCAGCGGCCGGAUUUUCCUGGGAGCAUCUUCACUCCAGAGUUUGCUGACAGCCAAGGAUGGCAAGCAAGGGGCCCUCAGCCUCUGCGUCCCCUGAGAACUCCAGUGCCGGGGGACCCAGCGGCAGCAGCAAUGGUGCUGGCGAAAGCGGAGGGCAGGACAGCACCUUCGAGUGCAACAUCUGCCUGGACACAGCCAAGGAUGCCGUCAUCAGCCUGUGCGGCCACCUUUUCUGUUGGCCGUGUUUACAUCAGUGGUUGGAGACCAGACCUAACAGACAGGUGUGUCCAGUCUGCAAAGCUGGGAUCAGCCGAGACAAGGUCAUCCCCCUCUACGGCCGGGGCAGCACUGGGCAGCAGGACCCCAGAGAGAAGACCCCGCCCCGUCCUCAAGGCCAGAGGCCAGAGCCGGAGAACAGAGGGGGAUUUCAAGGAUUUGGAUUUGGAGAUGGUGGCUUCCAGAUGUCUUUUGGAAUUGGGGCAUUUCCCUUUGGGAUAUUUGCCACAGCGUUUAACAUAAAUGAUGGGCGGCCUCCUCCAGCUGUCCCCGGAACGCCCCAGUACGUGGAUGAGCAGUUCCUGUCACGCCUCUUCCUGUUUGUGGCCCUGGUGAUCAUGUUCUGGCUCCUAAUUGCCUAAUGCUGGGCUCCCGGCCUACAUCCAUGGCAGGGCCUCUGGACUGGUGCCACACCACCCCCACUCUUGAGGUUUGGCUUCCUGGAUAAUCGUGAGCCCUGGAGUCAGUGGGGUCAGUAACACAUCAAGGAAUCUUGCUUCUCCAUCAGAGCUUUAGGACUCAAGACUGUUGUCAAGAACCCUGGAGUGUGGCCACUGCCAUAAACACUGCUGUAACCUCAGGCCUUGGCACUGAGUCGUCUCUCAUGGGUUACAACAUGAAAUCCUAUUCCAGCCAGCUCAGUAGCUCCUGACUCUGCACAGGGAAGAGGCAGAAGAGAGAAACCGGGGGUACAACUUCACCUGAGUUUAAUCUUAUAAGAACAAAGGGAUGAACCCAAUGUUAAUUGUGGAAACUUCCUUUCGUCUCAUUAAAUACCCCUUGUUACUAGUAAAUGGCCUCUGAGGUCCGUGGGGGUCCUCAUACAGAGAGGCUCCCCUUCCAGAUCUCAGUGCUGCUCUGCCCUAUUUCCUCCUUCCUCUCCCUCCUCAGCAGAGAUGCAGGAACUUGCCGUCCUAUAAAGAUCCUAAUUGCAGCAGCUGAAGCUGGAGGCGCAUCAUGGAUGCACCAGAGACCCAGAGACCUUUUAUUGGCUCUGGCCAUACUCGGCGUCUUUGGCCCCAGAGAGUGGCUUGAAUGACCUCCUUGUUUUUUGGCAUAGAUCAUCCUGGGAGACGUGUCUUCACUCACAGAUUUCUCAUCACCUUUCCCCCCAAAACCACACACAUGCUCCUCUCUGCCAGAGGGCACACAGCCUCCCCUGCUGUGCUGAGGACAGACCUGCAGUUGGGACUGCAGCGGGAUUCCGAGCUCUGAUGCAGGAACAGCCGCACAGCCGCCCUGUCCCCAAGGCCGCAGAAGCUCCCCGUGCAUCUCCUCCCAGACCUGCCCGAAGGCAAUGGGGUUUGUCAAGUCAGCCCAGCUGCAUGCUGAAGACCACCCGCCAAAUUGUCCUUAAUGAAGAGGCAGGAAGGGGGAAGCCCCGGAUUUUGAUACGGAUUGGUGGACACCUCCUUGAAUAUGUGCUAAAACCGGGGAAGCCUGUGUCUCCAGAGCAGGCGGCCCGGCGAUUUGUUCAAGUCGGGCAGGGGGCCUGAGGAGUUCGCACGGUGGUCCACGGUGUGGCCUUUCUGUGGAAAUCAUGCCGCCCAAGCCCUUGAUUUGUCCUUCAACUUCACAAGCUGCUUUCUCCAAAUCUGAUGGAGGGAGUGUGGUGCCAGGCAAGAAGACAGUUCACUUGGUGGAAUAGUCUGUCAGGCCUCUUCCUAGAAAUCCAGUCUCUUCCAGAGACCCCAAGGCUGGGAGGAGAUGGCCUUCCUCAGGGGCCUCUCUCAUCACCGGGCCACCGUGCUCCUGGCUUCCCUCCAGCAUAGCCAACAAGGGGUAGGAAGCCCCACCUAAUGUUUUUCCCCAGAUACGGCUCUGCAUAGCAUAUGGAAACCAGGACCUUAUCCAGGAUGGGGAAGCCCUCUUUCCCACUCCAUAGCCCCCCAUCCCUUUCUCCUUGUAACCUGUCAAUGCCAGAGUUCAGUGUUAAAAGACAAAAUACAAGUAUUGAAUAAGUGGUUCA